GCAAUUUUAGGAAAGAAUACAGUACUUCUAUCAUGAAGAUUGGAAUUGCUGCUCUUGUGGCAGGAAUUUUUGGUGCCGUUGGCAUUAUCCUAUUUUUGGUAGCAUUCGGAACUGAAUAUUGGUUACUUGCAACGGAGACCUGUGGAAGUUUUAACUCUAACAAUGGAACUUUGGAUAUUGAAGAAGAGUAUGAUGAAGAUAUGCAUGACUAUGAAGAAAUGUCAGUGAUUUACCACCAUGAAGGAUUCUUCUGGAGGUGCUGGUUUUUUGGAGAUGAUCCACAAACUUCAGUUUGGAGAUACUGGUUUAUGAACCAGCCUCAUCCUAAGCGCUGUAUUCCUGGAUAUCUCUUUCCAAUGCAAAUUGCCGUUGGGCCUUUUCCACAUCCAUCUUUUGAUGCAACCGCUGUGUACAGAGGCUUUUGGACAAUCUUCAUUAUAUUAGGUGCUGCUUCUAGUCUGUCAGGGGGAUUUCUGCUGGUGUAUGGGGUGCCCUUUGCCAGUGCUGGUUGCUACAAAGUUGGAGGUGGCUUCCUGAUGAUCUCAGGGGCCCUGUUCAGCCUGAUUCUCAGCCUGUUUGUACUAUGGAAGGAAUAUGCUGUUGAUUUUCCAAAAUAUAUAUCUACUGAAAGGAGCAAUAAGUGUGUUCCAGAAAAUGUCCUCAUUGAUAUAAAAUAUGGAUGGUCUUUCAUGUUUGCUGCUUUUGGAACUCCAUUCAUAUAUAUGUCAGGAAUUAUGUUUCAUUUCAUUGGCCGACAGCUUGAGGAGUUUUGGAAAUGAACAAGAUCAAAAUAAGAGGCUAUAGUAAAAUCCAAUCAUAUUUCUGCAGGAUGCUUCUACAAAACAAAUUCAAGGCUUGGAACUUAGCACUAGGAGGAUUAUUUGCUACCAGUAUACAUGUGUAACAUGACAUUGCCAAAUGAAUGCAAUUUGCACAAAGGGUGCUACACAAGGGAAACAUUAAGAGAAGCAAUUUCUAAGAGAACUUGUGUGAGCUGGAAUUUUCUGUCUAGAUGCAGAGAUAAAAUGGUCUACUCUGUUUUCUGAAAUUCAUCACAACUAUGUACAAGAGUGAGAGUGAUAUCAAACUCUCUGGUGCUAUUAUUUAAUUUUCAGUCUGUCCAAAGUGAACCCAAUUUACAGUAGAGCUUUUCUUUUUAUGGGGAAUUAAGUUUGAAUCAUGUGGCUUACUUGAAAUAACCAAUUAACCAUAGCUAAUACACAAGGGCAGCUAUGACUCAUUCUCUUCUAAAAGCUUGAGAAUUUGAAGGGACAAAUGCAGAAUUUUCCCUUCUUGUCUCUGAAUAGGUAAAAAUAGGUAAACUUGAACAUCAGUUAGUGCAGGCACAUUUCAAGGGGAUGAAUAAACACAGUUACAUAUGAAAAAUCAACGAUUUUAUAGUUAUGCCCCGCAUCACACAUCUUUCCAACAUAAAUCGUGCUUGAGCAAGAGAUUUAUGAAAAUAUUACAAAAUGUAGACUGUUCCACUUGAAUGGAUGCAACUAAUGGUCAUAUUUUCAAUCUGAACAAAAGGGCCUCUUGUGGCUAAGGGAUAAUUAUAUCCAGAAAAUGUGAAUUCUGGCCUGCAGGAUGACUGAAAGAGGUACAUCAAUUUCAUUAUUUAAAUCACAUCUAUUUAUUAUUUAACUAUUUAUAUUUGUCCUUUAAAGUCUCAGAAGAAUUAAUAAGUCUUAGUCCAACUGAAUGGAAAUGUGAUGGGUAAGGUCUAUGCUAAUUUUUAAUUUAUAGCAGAAUCUAAUAUUAAAAUCAUCAAUAAGAUAAAAGUUAAAUUAUGAUUUUGGUGAUCUUAUAUGUUGUGGUUAGUCUGUGAAUUUUAUAAGGAGAAAUGGUAGAGUAGUCUUCAUUGAUAAAUAAAAAUGUAUUAUUUGUAUGGAUUUAUUUUCUUUUGGAGGGGUUUGAGACUGGGUUUCUUUAUG